AUGCUCGUCAACUCGGCCGUUCUCUUUUCGCUGGCCCUCGGGGCCAUCACCGUCAGCGCCGACCCGGCUCCUGAGCCCCCUGCGAUCACCGCAGCGCCCAAGGUGGGCGAUUUGGAGAAACGGGCGACCACCUGCACGUUCUCGGGCUCCAACGGUGCCUCCUCGGCGAGCAAGUCGAAGACCUCCUGCUCGACCAUCAUCCUCUCCAGCGUGGCCGUCCCAUCCGGCACGACCCUGGACCUGACUGACCUGAACGACGGAACUCACGUCAUCUUCGAAGGCGAAACCACCUUCGGCUACGAAGAAUGGUCCGGCCCGCUGGUCUCCGUCUCCGGCACGGACAUCACCGUGACCGGGGCCAGCGGGGCGUACCUCAACGGCGACGGCAGCCGCUGGUGGGACGACGAGGGCUCGAACGGGGGCAAGACCAAGCCCAAGUUCUUCUAUGCGCACGAUCUGACCGACUCGGUCAUCAGCGGGAUCUACAUCCAGAACUCCCCGGUGCAGGUGUUCAGCGUGGACAACUCCAACUACCUGACGCUGGAGGACAUCACCAUCGACAACACGGACGGCGACGAUGACGGCGCCGCGAACACGGACGGGUUUGAUAUUGGUGACAGCACCUAUAUCACCAUCACCGGCGCGAACGUGUACAACCAGGAUGACUGCGUCGCGAUCAACUCUGGCGAGAACAUCUAUUUCUCCGGCGGCGUCUGCUCCGGCGGCCACGGCUUGUCCAUCGGCUCCGUCGGCGGCCGCAGCGACAACACCGUCAAGAACGUGACCUUCUACAACUCGGAGAUCAAGAACUCGCAGAACGGCGUUCGCAUCAAAACCAUCUACGGCGACACCGGCUCCGUCUCCGAGGUGACCUACCAGGAGAUCACGCUCUCCGAGAUCACCGAGUACGGGAUCAUCGUGGAGCAGAACUACGACGACACCUCGGAGGCGGCCACCACCGGCGUCCCGAUCACGGAUUUCGUCCUUGAUGACGUGCAGGGCACCGUCGAGAGCACGGGCACCGAUAUUUAUAUCGUGUGCGGCUCGGGCAGUUGUUCCGACUGGACGUGGACGGAUGUGAGUAUCUCCGGCGGGAAGACGAGUUCGUCGUGCACGAAUGUGCCGAGUGGGAUUAGUUGUUAGUAUCUGAGAGGG